UGCAGAGAAAGAAAAACAGAAAAAGAGAAGGAACUUGCAGAGAAAGCAAAAAAAAAAGAAGAAGAAGCGAAGAAGAGAAACUAAAGAUUCAGGAACAAAUGGCUUCCCAGACAAAGCAAACCGUGGUGGAUACACAGAAAAUUGAAACCGAGAACCCGCCAAAACCGGAAGUGCCUUUAUCAUCAUGCAGGAAGAGGGUGAAGGAUGAUAAUGCCACUUUCUUUGAAAACCUCAAGGAUCACAUGGAUGAAUUCAUCCAUGCCUCAAUGGAUGAACACAAGACUUGUUUCAAAAACACCAUGAACAAGAUGUUCGGGACCUUUUCGAAGUCGGAUGCAGUUGCAGAGAAGCAAUUUGAGGCUAAGGAAGUCGUCGAGAUUCACUCUCCUCUUCAGGCAGCAGUGACUAAGUAGAGGAUUCACAACUACUGAGCUCAGAAAAACUAUGAAGUGUUUUCUUUUUCUUUUAUCUUGUUUAAAGUUUUAGAACAACUUUCUAUGGUGUGCACAAAUACUCUUCAAGUAUUUGGGUGUUAAUACUCUUAGAACCUGCUAUCUUUAAUCUAUUCUAAUAUCAGACAACUUGUUUCUAGACCAUUGCAUUAAUCAUCUUUACUAAUUUCAUUUAA